UUAAAACGAGUUGGCUUCUAUGAAUGUCAAGAUGGGUCCGAAUUUUCACCUCGCACUCUUCUUCGCAGUUUACGUGGCCCGAUGUUUCCUUUUCAUCGACGCAUCGCGCCAAGGUUGCUCAGAUGCACUUGGUAUGGAAAGCAACAAAAUAAAAGAUUUCCAGAUAAGCAGUCACACAUUUUCUUCUGGCUGGCUUCCUGAGCAUGGUAGAUUGAACUAUAAUAAUGGAGCUUGGUGCAGUGCAAACAGUGAUAAAACAUCUGAGUACUUUGAGAUAGACCUGCUGAGGGUCAGACAUGUUUCAGCCAUUGCUACACAAGGAGUACAAAAUUGGAAUUACUUGAGCUACUAUGUUAAGACAUAUAUGAUUAAGUACAGCUAUGAUGGAAGGGCGUGGUUAACUUACAAAGACACUGGUGAUGGUCCUGACAAGUCAUUCAUUGGAAACUCAGAUGCCAACAGUGUGAAACUGAACAACUUGAGAGAUACAUUUGUGACGAGGUACCUCAGGAUAUACCCGAAGGAUUAUAAAUAUGAUAUGUGUCUUCGAGUUGAAGUAUAUGGCUGCAGUGAUCAAGCUGAUGAUUGUUCAAACUUUUCAACAAAUCCUUCCGGCUCCAUUGCAAGUCCAGGCUUUCCAAUCAGUUACCCCUCCAACAAAAACUGUGUAUGGAUUAUUUCAGCUCCAACAGGAAAAAACAUAGUACUAAUGUUUACACAGUUUGACAUGAGACGAAGUUCAAAUCCACCAGGCUGUAAAGAAGAUUUUGUAGAAGUUCAGGAUGGUCUCACUGAUUUAUCUCCUCGCAUUGGUGGAAAAUUUUGUAAUGGAAAUACGUCUAUGCUAACAAUUACUACAACAAGUACAGUCAGAGUGAAUUUUCAUUCCGGCAACACCAAUGCUGCCCAGAAAGGAUUUCAGAUUAAUUACCUUGCGAUAACACCAGGUUCAGGCAACAUACAUGCUGAAAAGGCUUGUGAUGGAGAUGUUUUGGCACUGAACUGUUCAGGAUAUCAAUACACAAUAAAAAUCCUCCAUGCCACAUAUGGUUCUUUUCCACACAGUUGUGGGCAGCAGUUGUCAUCUCAAUCUUGCCCAACUUUGGAUGUUAAGAGUAAAGUUGUGACAAUGUGCCAGGAUUCCAAGGAAUGUGACAUCACUGUUAAAAAAGCUCUUUUUGAUUACAGUUGUUCCAAUGGCCCUGAAAACCAUCAACUGCAAAUUUUCUAUCAGUGUACAAGUACAAACAUUAGAACCCCAGCCCCUUCCACAAUAACCUCCAAGCCAACACAAGUGACGUCUUCAGCACCAUCCAUCCCGCCAACAAAAAUGAUGUCUUCAGGACCAUCCGCCAAACCAACACAAAUGACUUUUUCAGCACCAUCCAGUGCUCAACCCACCAAAGUUCUAUCCUCAAAUUCAUUCACUAAACCAACCACUAAAUCAUCUUCAGAAAAACCAGUGCUAUAUCCUAGUGAAUCGGACAAAAUUACACUACCAACAGAAAAUGUAGAAUUUGAAGAUCCAAGAGUAACUGGAAAAAGAGCUGAGACAGUAGGAGGAUUGCAAAUGGAAGUAGUGGCUACAAUUAUUGCAGUUGCUCUAAUAGUCUUUCUUGCAGUGGUUGCUGUGUUUGUCUGUCGAAAGAAACGCUUGCGAAAAGACAGAGGAAGCCCUCUUCCAACAAUCACUUUCACAUCUGAUAAAGAAUAUGCCACUCCAGCAAAUGGCACCAAAAAAAGGUUUCCUCGUGAUUCGAAAGCCAAUCCAUAUGAAACUGUAAAUAUCAUUUAUCGAAGUUCGGAUAGCUCCGAGAACUCUACCAUUGGUGAAAAAGAAGUUUCCUCAAGUGACAGCUGUCCCGUGGAUCAGGAUCGGGACUCUCCUAAGAUAACUGAAAAUCCCCUUUACAUCGGUUUUUCUCCGCCAGUCAAAAGCACUGCUGCAGUAGGAUACCAAUUGAUUAAACCACCGAACGGGGCUGCACAGAGUCAUUACAGCCUUCCAGUUAAAAAGACUCCAAAAGUGACAUCCAUCGAAAAUCCCAACUACGAGAAGACGUUACCAGUAACGCAGAACCAUGAGUAUGCUAAACCAGAAAUUAAGACGGAUACCAACUGUUAGCCAACAUGUGGAAACAGUG